AUGACCAUACAAUUACAACAAUUUUUUUAUAUUUUAUAUGUCAAAAUGAUUUUUUUAUCAUUAUUUCAAUCAUUUACCAUUAUUAUCGUUACAAUUGGAUGUAUAUACAGUAAAGGACCACCAAGAUUAUCGUCAUCGAGUCCAAAAAUUAUUGAAAAAAAUGAAAAUGAAAUGUAUGAAAUGGAGUGUCCAAUAUCUAUUGAACCUAAUUUAAGUAUUCAAUGGUAUAAAAAUAAUGAAGAAAUUGAUUCAACAUGGACACAAAUAGUUAUAAAACGUUUAUCAUUAAAAUUUCGUAAAUUAAAAAUAUCAGAUGAAGGUUUAUAUAAAUGUGUGGCAGUAAAUGGUUUUGGUAGUACAACGGCAGAAAUUCAACUAAAUAUUAUAUCUAAUGGAACUAUAAUAAAUUCAUUAAAUCAAUCAGAUAAUCAUCUUCAAAAAUCUUCUUUACCAUUGGAAGAGACGUAUAAUGGAGAAGCUCCACAAUUUUUAUCAAGACCUGAAAUGAUAUCAACAAAAUUGAUUCAACCAGAGGGUACAACAGUUCAACUAAAAUGUUUGGCAAGAGGAAAACCAAAACCAGAAAUUAAAUGGAAAAAAAAUGGAAAAAUAUUAAGUGAAGAUGAAUAUGGAAUGAUAUCAAAACAAAUAUUAGAAAUUAAAGAUCUUCGUCAAUCGGAUACGGGAAAUUAUACAUGUGAAAUAUCAAAUCAAAAUGGUUUUAUCAAUGCCACUUAUAUUCUUAUUGUAACAGAAAAAGUACAAUUUUUGGGAAAUGAUCCAGAAAAUACUACUGUUGAAUAUGGUAAAAAGUUAAUAUUAAAUUGUAAAAUACAAACAAAUGAUCCUAAUACACGAAUACAAUGGUUAAAACGUCUUCCAAAUGAUUAUUAUCGUUCAAAUGCUAUUGUUAUUGACUCUGAACAAUAUGAACAAAUUCAACAUGAAACAUUGAGUAUAAAUGAACGAUUUAUAUCAAAUCCAUUUAUUAUUCAACAAACAAGACAAAUAGAUGGUGGAACAUAUAUUUGUUUAGUUCAAAAUAAUCAUGUAAUGAAUUAUAAAAAAGCUUUUGUACAAAUUAUUGGUACUGAUUCUGGUUCAAUAUCAAAAAAUUUAACAUUAUCGAAUAGUAUAAAUAAUAAUUUAAUAUAUUUUAUUUUAAUUCCAAUAUGUUUAAUUGGUUUAAUAUUAUUUUUAAUAUUUUGUUAUUAUCGAACACGAAGACGAAAACAAUUAAUCAAAACAUCAUCCAAUUGUCAUCCAUCACAUAGGCCAAUGAUUAAUCAUCAUCAACAAUAUCAUAAUGGAAGUGGUGGUGGAUCAACAACAACAACAAAUAAUAGAGUACGUAAAAAUGAUAUAAUUAAUAAUAAUUCCAUUACUAGUGCUGAUACUCUAACACGAAUAACAAAUAAUUCUAGUAAUAGUGGACAGUCAACUACCGAUAUUAAUAAUCAAAAUAAUUAUCGUUAUUUAUCUUCGUCAAAACCAAUAAAAUCAAAUAAUAACGAAAAACGUUAUGUUCUUAAUAGUUAUGCAUCAUCUGAAUUAUCAGCAGUAAACAGUGGACUGUAUUAUUCAAGAAUUCAAGCUAUAUGA